AUGUUGCUCAACCUGUUCGAGAGAGCAUUGGCCAAGAAUUUGAUUUAUCUCGUUUUCCCUCUUACUCUCACUGCAAUUGCACUAUUGAUAUGCUCCCCAAAGUCAAAGUUCCCGCUCAUCAACGACAAAAAGCCAUUGGAAAUCCGAUUCACGAACGCCCGGAAACGCUUCCUAGCUAACGCACAUAACAUUAUUAGAGCCGGUCUAGCGAAGGGACCGGUAUCCCGAAUUGUAACGGAGAAUGGGUACAUGGUGCUUCUCGAUGCAAAGUAUGCAAAUGAGAUCCGCAGUCACGACGUCUUGAGCUUUGGCCAUUUCAUUGAGGAGGACUUCCACACGAAUGUCGCUGGUUUUGAGCCGUUCCGGCAGGGAACUAACGAUGAUGACAUAUUUCAGGACGCGGUACGGACCAGAUUGACUCAGAGCCUUGGGAAUGUGACUCAGCCACUUGUGGACGAGACAGCGAUAGCACUCAAGACGAAUUGGACGGACGAUACUAAUUGGCACACCUUCUGUCUUAAGUCUAGUAUUUUGAACAUUGUCGCCCAGCUGUCCUCGCGCGUGUUUCUAGGAGAGCAGAUCUGCCGCAACCCAGACUGGCUCUGCAUCACUGUUGCUUAUACUGUCGACUCGUUCAUGGCAGCCCGGGACCUACGUAAGUGGCCGAAAGUGUUUCGGCCAAUCGUUGCCCGGCUUCUGCCAUCGUGCCGGAAGAUUCGCUCCCAGCUACUGGAGGCACAGGCGAUUAUUCAACCGGUGAUAGAGAACCGACGAAGAGACAAAGACGCUGCUAUUCGUGCUGAAAGGACUCCCAAACGGUACGCAGAUGCUAUGCAAUGGAUGGAGGAAGCCGCCAAGGGUCGGCCAUACGAGCCUGCCUUCGCACAGAUGUCAUUUUCCCUUGCGGCUAUCCAUACUACGACUGAUAUGUUAACACAAGUCCUUUUUGAUCUUUGUGGGCGCCAUGAGCUCAUCCAAGCCCUGCGCGAAGAAGUGAUUACAGUCAUCCAGGAUGAAGGAUGGAAGAAGCCCACUUUGUACAAGCUGAAGCUCAUGGAUAGUGUCAUGAAGGAAAGUCAGAGACUCAAGCCGAUCGGUCUUAUUUCUAUGCGGCGUAAGGCUAUGGCCGACCUCAAGUUGUCCGAUGGCACACACAUUUCCCAAGGGACAUUAUUGUUUGUUUCUAGCGAGCGUAUGUGGGACCCAGAGAUAUAUCCAAACCCCUUGGAAUUCGAUGGGUAUCGUUUCCUCAAGCUGCGUAGUGUUCCGGGCCAUGAGACAUCUUCACAGGCAGUUGCGCCAUCCCCGGAGCAUAUGGGGUUCGGGUUCGGGCGCCAUGCUUGUCCCGGGAGGUUUUUCGCUAUCAAUGAGGUAAAGAUUGCCCUGUGUCAUAUCCUGUUGAAAUACGAUUUUAAGCUGGUUGGCGAGUCGAUACCUCGGGCCAGGAAGGAGGGUCUCCAAUGGAACGCUGAUCCAACCACCGAGAUUGCCAUUAGGCGGCGACAGGAGGAGAUUGUUCUGUGA